UCCAGCCCCUGCUCAGUUGCUCCCUGACCACAGCGGGGAGUGUACGUCGCUGCUCUUCCGGGUCCCCUCUCAGUGUGCCAUUGUUUACAUACCAAGGAAAUCAAAACAAAAGACAAACAAGUGUCGAGUGUUGCUUAAUUGAAGACCACCCCUGGCACUGAUCCGGCGCUCUCUCCUGGCUCUGUUGGCACUGCUGGUCAUAAGGGUGGCGAGUGUACGUGUUAAUAGUGCUAUAUGAACCUUAGCAGCGAGACCGACUCCUCUCAUCACUAUAGGGUGGAAUUUACCAUUUUAAGAGAGAAAAACUUCCCCUCACUUUAAUUCUCUCUCUCUCUCUCUCUCUCUCUCUCUCUCUCUCUCUCUCUCUCUCUAGGUAUUCCUAAUCAUGAGAUAUUUAUGCUGAGUCAUGGCUGCAACGACCCCUCUAGUAGCGAUGGGUCACCUGGGGCUGGCGUGCGGCGGGGACGGGCUGGUUCACAUGUUGGACGAGCACCCCCUUUACCUGGAGUGCUUCUCGCGCCUUCAGUAUGAGCUGCUUUCUGGUGACGGGCCCCUACCACUCCACCUGCGGAGAUAUAUUGCCAUUAUGGCAGCCUGCAGACACGAAUGUUCCUACCUGGUGGAGGAGCAGAAGGCAGCGUUCCUGGAGGUAGGAGGGCCUGAGGAGUGGCUGGAGGGCUUACAGUACGCCCCUAAGAAGCUGAGAGACCUCCACUCCACCAACCUGAUCCUUGCUCACCGUCCCUGGAUGUUUGACCACCACCAUGUACAGAAGCUUCUGAAGAGCAGCUGGUCGGCAAGUGAGCUGACCCACGCGAUCUGCAUCAUGGCACAGUUCCACGCGCUGUCCUCCUUCAUCAUUGGCACCGGCAUAGAGGCAGCGUCCGGGGAUGCCACGGCCCACCCUUCACUCUUUGUACAGGGAUGCACGUCAGGGUCGCCCAGCAGCCAGGAGCUUAGCGAGGGUGGUGUGGACAUUCUGGUGGAGAGGAUGAGGACACUGUCUGUGGCCCACUCCGACUUUUCCUGUGUGUCCGAGGAGUGCACCAGGAUGAGUUUUGAGAAGCUAAAGAAACAGACAGCCAACAUAUCCACCCCUGACGUAGAGUGUGUGCCAGACAGCCAGGGCCGCUAUGAACACCUCUCGCCUGACAGAGACUACAUCUACACUGACUUCAGCAAGAGAGGGGAGAAGAAUGCUGUGCCCACCUUGAAGUCACAGGACUGCUCAUGGGAGGACCACGGCUUCUCGCUGCUGAGUGAGUUGUACAGCCAGGUGGCAGACCUCCUCGAUGACAAGUUUAAGACAGCGUACAGCCUCACCUACUUCACUUGUGGCCAUGAGACGCACGUUGACACCUUCCCCUUCAGGCGCGGGGUGUGGAACUACCUUCACUGCCUCUAUGGGAUCAGGCACGAUGACUAUGACUACAGCCAAAUCAAUCAGCUGUUGGAGAGGAACCUGAAGCUGUUCCUGAAGACUGUGGCUUGUUACCCGGAGAAACUGAGCUGGACCGAACCCAACCUGUCCCUCAUGAAAGGUUUCCUGCAGAGUGAGAAGGUCCACGUGAUGAUCCUGGUGUUGGAGGCUCGCUUGCAGGCUGAGCUCCUCCACGCCCUUCGAUCUUUAGGCCAUUGCUUCAUGUAGGCGGAGCAGGAGCCAUCACGCAGCCCCACCACUCCCUGCCCUGCCUGAAGCUACCAUUACUCCUACAGCUCCUCUUGGCUUGCUGAUGCUACACACAUGCGCUCAGAGACAGUUAGUGUUUCGUUAUGCUAUUGUAACCUUUCCCACACACACACCACAUUUGUACUCCUUUUGAGAGUCAGUAUAAGGUGUUUUUCUGGUCUUGUCUACUGUUUCACCUCUUUUUUGUUAAUUUUGUCAUGGCUGUGUGUUCUUUUUCACUCAUUUUACUUCUGUUGAGAGUCAUUAUAAGGUGUUUUUGUGGUCUUGUCUACUGUUUGGUCCUCUUCAGUUAAUUUUGUCAUGCUACUACAAUCUUCUCCACACAUAUACUCCUGUUGAAAGUCAUUGUAAGGGGUUUUAAUGGUCUCCUGUACAGUUUCAGCUCUUCUGUUUGUUUAUUUGCACAGCCAGUUGCCUAUGCCAUUUGUUGAGGUUUUAUUCAUCAGUAAUCUCUUUAAUUUUCUACAUUCUUUUCAGUGUGUUUAAGAUCCCCACACUGUAUUAGUUUGUUAAAGCCACUAUGUUCUUCAGUAACCUCUGUGCUAUUUUUACAAUUGUUUUUCAUUGAGUUUAAGAUUCCCUCCUUUUGUUCUGCUUUACACCACAAAAACACCAAUUUCACUCUAUAAGCAUGUGCCACGAACCUAUAGAUGUUGCCAUAGACAGCUAGACAGCCAAAUAUUAUUAGAAAAGAUAGUUUGAAAUGAAAAAGAAUGUUACUUCAAUCUUAUUCAUUAAUAGUCAAAAGAAGUGUAAUAUUGAAUGUGAGUUUUUAAGAGUUUAUAGCUAUGAGAAAAGAAUGAUUUAGAAAGAUGUGUUUUUUUACGGCACUAACCCUGUUGUGUGUCUGUUGACGGACUGACAGAUGUAUAGCAGGUGUUUUAGUGGUGUUAUGUACUGUUUUAUGUACAUUUUGUCAUGGCUGUGUGUUCUUUUCCACUCAUUUACUCCUGUUGAAAGUCCUCAUAAGGGUGUUUUAAUAGUUUGAUGAUUGAGAGGAAGCUUUGUGGUGACAUUUGUAGCCUGGCAGGUGUGUGAAGGUGCAAACAAUGACUUAAACAGAUGUAUGAUGUUAGAAAUGAUGGAUAAACAGGUAUAUAAUAUAAUUUGCAGUAUAGCGGAUGUGUCAAGAUGCAAACUAUGACUUAAACAGGUCUGAGAUACUAGAGAUGAUUGAUAAACAAGUGUAUAAUAUAAUUUGCAGUUUAGCAGAUGUGUUAAGAUGCAAAUUAUUACUUAAACAGGUGUGUGUCGAUGCAUUUGUGGUCGUACAGGUGUGGGAAAGUACAGAUAAACAAGCCUGUGAUAUGCCAUGCAGCUUGACAGGUGUGUGUGUAUAUGUGUGUGUAUGGAGAAGUACAGAAAACACUUCCACACUGGUGCUGCAAAGUGGAGGAAAGGUGGAAGGAAAGGGUCAGAAGGAGCUGCAGUCUUUUGUAUAUAACUCAAUCUUGUUUACUGUUUACUCAAUUUGUUUACGUUUUAUCUCCAUACGGGAGGAGGAAGAGGGGGACGGGUGUGUGUGUUUGUACAUAGUGUUUGGUGUGGCGUGGAGGAACAGGGUAAAGAAUUGUACUACUAUAGAGGGUUAAGAAAUAGGAUACUGCAAGGAUAUACAGUGUUGGAUUGCGAGUAGGUACCAGAAAUAAAGCAUUGUAUUGUUUGGAAAGAGUAAUAUGAAGAAUAGAAGGCUGGGAUAUUGCUAGGAAAGAAUGUUAAGGAAAAAAAAUACAGGACAGAGGGUUGGAAUGCUUAAGAGAAGGACACGAAGGAUUAAAGUUAGGAUAUAAAGUGUUAGGAUAAAGGAUUGGCAUGUUCGAAAAGGGUAAUUGAAGGAUAGAAAGCUGGAUAUGUAAGGAAAGAGUAUCAGAUUACAUGAAAGAAAAAUAUAUGGUACUGAAACCCUUAUUGGAAGAGUAUAGAGUUUUGGGUCAGUAUAAGAGUUGGAUAUUGAAAGGAUAAAGUAUUGGGAGUAUUUAAAAGAGUAUUAUGAAGGAUGGAAGGAUGAGUAUUGCAUGGAAAGGGUAUGAAAGAGUGUCUGAUUGUUUAUAAGAGUGACAAGUGGAGAGAACACACUCAGAACUUGUAAAUAGAAUAGUGUGCGAGAGUGAAAGAUGUGAGAAAGGAAUGAUAGUGAGAGAGAGAGAGAGAGAGAGAACAGAAUUAAUGGCAAGACAUCUAUUUUGAAACUCUUAAUUGGGGUUUCAAGAUAACAACACACCAGAACACACUGAUAGCUUGUAAAUAAGAUACUGAAAGGAAGGGAAGAAAGGACUAAAAAAAAAAAAAGGGAGAGAAAAGAUAAAUAAUGACAAUACAUCUAUUUUGAAACACUAUGAAUUGAGUUUUGUUAGAUAGUGAUGCCAGAACACACUCAUAACUUGUAAAUAAGAUGCUGAAACAAAGGGAAGAAAGAUUUAAGAGCAAAAAAAAAGAGAAAAAUAAUGACAAGACAUAUUUUAAAACACUAUAGAUUAAGUAUUCUUGAUAACAAUACAUCAAAACACACUCAUAAUUUGUAAAUAAGACAGUGAAAGGAAGGGAAGAAAGGAUUAAGAGCAAAAAAAGAGAGAGAAGAGAGAAAUGCUGGCAAUACAUCUCUUUUGAAACACUACAAAUUGAGUUUUCUAAAUAGUAACACCACAACACACUCAUAACUUGUAAAUAUAAUGAUGAAAGGAAGGGAAGAAAGAUUUAAGAGCAAAAAAAGAGAGAAAUAAUGACAACAUAUAUUUUAAAACACUAUAGAUUAGGUAUUCUUGAUAAUAACACAAAAACACACUCAUAACUUGUAAAUAGAAUGGUGAAGGAA